CUGCAAUUCUGGUUUCUGGAGCAACAAGAGGAAACAAAAUAGGGGCUGCACUGAUUCAUUUGCACCAUCUUAUUAGGUUAUUGAUUGAUUCCACCAAAAGUGGAAGAAUUGCCAUAAGGAUUAGAAUUUUGAACAUUGAACCAUGGAUGAAGCCAAGAGAAUGGAAGAGGGGUUUACCACACCCCAUAAGGGCGAGUUGAAACAGGAAAUUGAAAAAACCAAUGGUGGAGACUCCAUUGAACAUGACAGAGACACAAGGAGUAACCAAGAGGGUGAGUCCGUUCAGCAAAUAGUGGAGCAAGAGCAACCAUUGGUGAAGCAAAAAACAAGAAGGGUUGCAACCCUCGAUGCAUUUAGAGGCCUCACCAUUGUGUUGAUGGUACUAGUAGACGAUGCUGGUGGAGCUUAUCCACGCAUUGAUCACUCCCCGUGGAAUGGUUGUACAUUGGCUGAUUUCGUUAUGCCCUUUUUUCUUUUCAUUGUUGGGGUUGCUAUAGCCCUCGCACUAAAGAGAAUCACCAAGGUUAAGGAUGCUGUGAAGAAGAUAAUCCUUAGGACAUUGAAGCUUCUCUUCUGGGGUAUACUUUUGCAAGGUGGAUAUUCUCAUGCCCCUGAUGAUCUCUCAUAUGGAGUUGACAUGAGAUUUAUCCGAUGGUGUGGCAUUCUCCAGAGAAUAGCUCUUGUAUACUGUGUUGUAGCUCUGAUAGAGACAUUUACCACCAAGCUUAGACCCUCUACCUUGAAGCCAGGACACCUAUCCAUUUUUUCUGCCUAUCGAUGGCAAUGGCUUGGGGGGUUUGUGGCAUUUGUGAUUUACAUGGUCACAACCUUCAGCCUCUACGUUCCAGAUUGGAGUUUCGUGGAUUAUAACAGUGACAAACCCAAGAGAUACACAGUCCAAUGUGGGAUGCGAGGACACCUAGGUCCUGCAUGUAACGCUGUUGGGUAUGUGGAUAGACAAGUUUGGGGCGUUAAUCAUCUUUACUCUGAUCCUGUUUGGACACGCUUGAAGGCAUGCACAUUCAGUUCCCCAGCUGAAGGCCCUCUUCGUAAAGAUGCUCCAUUUUGGUGUCGCGCUCCCUUUGAACCCGAGGGCUUGUUGAGUUCCAUAUCAGCUAUUCUCUCUGGCACCAUAGGCAUCCACUAUGGGCAUGUCUUGAUUCACUUCAAGGGUCAUUCCGAGAGGCUCAAGCAAUGGCUCUCAAUGGGGUUUGUUUUAUUAAUCCUAGGCAUCAUCCUCCAUUUUACAAAUGCUAUUCCAAUUAACAAGCAACUCUACAGCUUCAGCUACGUUUGUUUCACAGCUGGGGCUGCUGGAAUUGUCUUCUCUGUGUUCUAUCUACUGAUCGAUGUUUGGGGGCUUCGUACUCCAUUCUUGUUCUUGGAAUGGAUAGGAAUGAAUGCAAUGCUAGUGUUUGUUAUGGCAGCGCAGGGCAUCUUCGCAGCAUUUGUAAAUGGAUGGUAUUAUAAAGACCCAGAUAACUCACUCGUAUACUGGAUUCAGAAUCAUGUGUUUAUCAACGUUUGGCACUCAGAGAGGUUGGGAACUCUGUUAUAUGUCAUCUUUGCAGAAAUCACUUUCUGGGGUGUUGUCGCUGGCAUCUUGCACAAAUUAGGAAUAUACUGGAAACUGUAACCUAACUACACAAUCAACCAUGUUAAUUAAUAGAACACAAACCUACAAAUAGUCUAAUA